AUGGCCUCGAAAGCAAUUUCCUUCUUCAUCCUCUCGGUCAUGAUUCCUUAUAACCGUGUAUGGAUGGUAAGUUUACCAACCGCAAAAGCUCAGUCUGCUAAAACGUUUGCUCCUUGCAAGACAGCGAAAGAAUGUGAUGCUGCCAAUUGUGCAAGCGGGGAAGCUCUAUGCAUAAGGGAGAAAUGUCAUUGCAUUGGUUCAUCAAAUCAUCUUAACAUACUAAAGAUUAUGGAUGAUUUUAAGCCGCGUAAGGUGAAGCUGAAGGGUGGUAGUGAUUCUCUUAUUAGGCUAAAAUAUGCCUCAUGA